AUGGAAAACAAAUUAGUCACAUUUCAUGUCCAUCUACCGGUUGAUAUUGAAAAGCUUGGGCAACCAGUUGUUAUUGGCAAUGGAAAAGGAUUAGGAGAAUGGAAAUAUCCUAUCGCAAAACUUUUUCGUCCAUUUCCUAAUAAUAAUCCUACCUAUUGGCAAUCUAAACCAAUCGUUAUAUCAAUCGUAUCUCCUACUUUACGAUUAAGUUAUAAUUACGCUAUACAUGUUCCAUCUUCAAUUUUUCACUUGGAAGAUGAAAAAAUCUUGUUCGAAAGCUCUGAAAAGCAUGUUAAAUAUAGCGAUUCGGAUUUGUGCAAACUUUCUGAAAGGAUUAAACCUCAUAUUAGCAAUGUUAAACCUGAAAAUGCGAUGAAAGUGACUCGGUGGUUG